CCUGGUUCCGAUGGAUCAUGUGAUUCUGAGCGGUUCCGACUCUCUCUCCAUCCUCGGAGGAGCAGAGGGAGGAGGCUGUGAGGUAAUCCGGUCCGCAGGAGGAGGAGAGAGAGGCGGGUAGAGGACGGGCAGCAGGCGGAGGUUCGGCUCCAGAAUCACCGGGAUCCCAGUCCGCCACCUCGGCCCCUGCAGGCGCAGCAGCAGAGAGUUACUGAACUAAUCAAACGGAGGGUUUUGGGGGAAACCUGAAGGUCCGAGACGUCUUCAAGCUUGGUGGCUACAUGCUCAGCUGUCUUUGGCUUUAAGGAGAACCGAACCAGGACGCAGGAAUCAUGGAUUUUGUAAUGAAGCAAGCUUUAGGCGGAGCCACCAAAGACAUGGGGAAGAUGCUGGGGGGCGAGGAGGAGAAGGAUCCGGAUGCAGCCAAGAAGGAGGAGGAGCGACAGGAGGCGCUGAGGCAGCAGGAGGAGGAGAGGAAGGCUAAACACGCUCGCAUGGAGGCCGAGAGGGAAAAAGUACGGCAGACCAUCAGGGACAAGUACGGCCUGAAGAAGAAGGAGGAGAAGGAGGCGGAGGAGAAAGCUGCCAUGGAGCAGGCCUGCGAGGGAUCCCUGACCCGUCCCAAGAAGGCCAUCCCGAGGGGCUGUGGAGACGACGAAGAGGACGAAGAGAGCAUCCUGGACACUGUCCUCAAGUACCUGCCGGGACCUUUACAGGACAUGUUCAAGAAGUAAAACAAAAGAAAAAAAACAAAACCAAGCAAACGAGCCCUAAAAACUGGGUCCGUCUGGCCCAGGUCAGGGGAUUUGGGGCUGAGUCAGGAACUCUGGGGGAGUUAUUUUGCGGGGUUUGUAGGCCAGGAGUUGAUUCUAGAUCUGGGAGGGUGGGCUUUYACGUAACUAUUAGGGUCUGCACACUGCCUUUGUAGAGACCUUUGACUUUAUUUUCUACUCCUCAAUCUUUAAUUUCUCCUUCUGCAGAUUAACUGCUUUGAUUCUAUUUAUAUUUUCUCUUUAUUUUGAUCUUUUUAGAAAAAAAAAGAAGUUUUGACUUUCGGUUCUUGUUCCGGAGAACACCGUUCCACCGAGGAACCGAAACAUCUUCCGUCACUGCCGCCGAGUUUUCCAGCAUGUUGUUGUGUUCAUACUGAGAGUUUUCUACUUUUACAAAGAGUUUCCUUUAGAAAAAAACAAACAAAAGAAAAAAACAAAGAAAAGAAAUCGAUCCACGUUUGCUUUUUGAGGACACGUGCCUUCAUGUCAUCUCCUCCUGCAGAGAAAGUGUAAAUAAGGGUUUGUUUUGGGGUCAGGCGUGUGCACGGACACGUUUGGAGGCGUGUGUUCGACGGUCGGGGAGCGGACUUCAUCCUUCACACCGACGCUUCGAGGAAAAGUUUCAAUAUUUUACUAAACCGUUUGAAAAAAGGUUGUCGUUCCUCUGACAGCUUCACAAACUGCCGUCGCAAAAAAAGUUUUAAAUAAUACGACAAAGGUGCAAAGUAACGAAGUACAUUUACUGUGUUUUUUUGAGGAUUUGUAAUUUUACAUUAACUUUGAUUUUGUUACAUUCAAAACAAAAAGGACACUUUUACUUCUUUACUUUAUUAUUUAACACCUCAUCACRCAUUAUACAUUUAAAUACGAUGAACUCAUCGUGAAGAGUUGUUGAUGCGCUCGAAAAACUGAAGAGUUCCAUCCAUCCAUCCAUCCAUUUUCUGAACACGCUUCUUCCUUUUCAGGGUUGCGUGGGUCACUGGU